CAGAGAUGUUCAGACAAGUUCUACUGGGUGGAAGACGGAAUAUCGUCAGAAGUUCUUUGAGAAAUAGUCUUUAUAGAACGAAUCCAAGAUUUUGAAGCACUAAGGAGAAAACUGAUCUCCAAAGCAGAGAAGAAAGAGCAAUUCAGGCCAAAACUAGGACAGUCAGUAUACAAGAGCAUAGGACUAAAGCUAUCAAGCCUCUGGACGAAAAAUACUCCUUAGACGCUACCUCCACUUCCAGAGUCCAUAAAGUUGCUGAAAAGGCUAUGGAGAAUAUAUUCUUCAAGAUCGAGGAGAAGGAAGUCACGAUGGAAGAAGCAUUGGCUCUCCAGAGGAAAGACUUGGUCAUUGAGGGACUUGGGACUAGGACUGGCUCUAUAAAUGAAGGAAGAAACAUUUAUUCAGACGGCAAUGAACUUGCUCAUAAAACUCUUCAAGACAACAUUAUUGAUUUUCAUGACAAAAGAGUUAAGGUGACAACCCAGAAGAAAUCUGCAUGGAAGAGUCAGAUCAAUGAAGACCUUGUACAGAUAGAUCUAGGAAAUGUAAAAUCUCUCAAGCAAAGCGAAGUGAUGGCUGAUAAGGUAGAUCUGAGUAGCUUACCACAAGGGAUGAAUAUUAUUGAUGAGAAUACUAACAAAACUGAAUAUGAUCUACUUCUUGUAGGGAGAAAGAUGAAGAAAGGAGAGCAAGAAGAGCAUCAUCUAGCCCCUCCAUCAGAUUCUGAUGGGAAGAAGCAUGACAUUAAGCAUUUUAUCAACCAAGAUAUCUUCCAUGAGGCUGAUAUGAGCACUAUAAAUAAAGGAGUGAAGAAAGAUGAAGGAGUUCUUAUGUAUUACACAAGAAAUUUUGGAAAUGUGGUUCUCCUUCUUUUUGGAAUAUCAUGUCUAAAUCUCAUCUACUCCCUUUCAAUGAAUAUCGGGAAACACUAUGAAGAUUAUCUGGACUAUUCUAUUUACCAGCAUUUUAAAAGGAAGAGAAAGAUACAAAGACUUAUUACGCUGACUUACUUGUUGAAUAUACCAUCGACAAAUGCAUAA